CUUCUUGUCGUCACCACCACCGGAUCUGUUGACCUUCUUGACCUUUCUUCUGGGAGUACCCUUGCCGCUGCGAUUCGAAGUGCGUCAGUUUCGGCGCGUUCUUUUUGCGAGCUUGGAAUUUUCUGGAGCUUACCCUACGGCAUGGGUUAGCGGGACACGAGUUUCAUGGACAUUCGAGAGUUCAUACCGAUGCGCACGGCAUUCUGAAGACGUUGGAGCUUUGCUUGAUCCAUGUUUGCGAUGGAGGUGAAUCUGUCCGGCGAGCGACUUGUCAGGAGCGGUCGGAGCGGGCGACGACGAUAUUGACUCACAUGAGGCGGGACAGAGAAUGGGUUUGGUGGGAAACAGCAAUUGGGCCUUGUUGCUGUCGUUGUCUGCUCUCAAUCGUUGCUCUGCUUCGAGCUUGGUCCGUGCACGUCUACAGUAUUCUCGCGUGUGGGCGUCCUCGGCUAACGCUGAAAUUUUGAUACGUCAGUCUACCAUCUCACUUUCUAACAUACAGGGCUCUUCACUCGAGCAUCUGAUACACGCUUUUCGACUCUUGUCGUUGGUCUGGCAAACUCAGCUUGCCGCACACUCUGUCAACGAACAUCGAACUCAGCCUGAGCCACAUUUGUUGAUAUCAGGUGCUGGGUCCGGUUAUCGCACAUUGCCAAGCCAAUUCAAGAAAGUCAGGGUCGUGAGCACAGCGACAUGAUACGGCUCCCUCUUGCAGUUCUCCAAGACGACAUGGAUGUUUGACAUAUCACAUCUCCUUAUCGAUUUCUGCUCUGUACGGUGAACAUGCUUUACAAGUUUUGACGCGAGGCGGGUAUUGUGUGUGGUGAUGGCCGGGAUGUUCACCCAAUUCAUAUCGUUGAGCAUCAAUCGCAAUGUGGAUGACUUUGAGUUGCUCAAGAUCGCAGAUCGCUCAGCAUGAAUGUUCUCAGCAAGCCUUACAUCCAAAUCCCAUCCCUCUAAAUCGUAUCAUCAGUACAGCUGACUGCUUUUGGUUCGGAAGAUGACCCGAUGACACAGAUUUCGCGUAAAAGACCCAGUCCGCUGGUUCUCCACGAUGACAAGAACAGCAAGACCAACGGUCAAAUAUAGGAUAAUACAUGCGAGAGCAUGACGAUGCUUUCGUGUAGCAUCUGUAUAUAGCAAACCAAAUACGAGAAGUAGGUAAUCCAA